AUGGCAAACUCCAAGGGGUCAGCAAACAUAAGAAAUUUGAUGUACUCGGGAAAGCAUGCAUUACUUCCUCCAAAAAGUCCUUUUCCUAUUAUUUCUCCAUCAUAUGUUGAUCAUGUUCCCAGCAGCAAUGUUGGAUCAAAAACUGUUCAAAAGCCUAGAGAGGGAAAGACACAUCACCAGCGAACUUCCUCUGAGACUCUCUUCAUAGAGGAUCAGCCUUCAUGGCUUGAUGAUCUUCUUAAUGAGCCGGAGACACCUGUCCGCAGAGGAGUUCAUAGGCGUUCAUCAAGUGACUCCUUUGCGUACAUAGAUAUAGCUAAUGCUUCUAACAUAGAUUAUGCAGCACAGGAUGAGUACAGAUAUAAAAAUGUGAUGUCUAUACCUUCUUGGGGAUCUCAAGACUUUGAUUAUUACAAAGAUGUUAGGCAAACUUCUCUCCAUGCUGAACUGAACAUGACAAAAAAGAAGAACAGGGCUUGGGAUUCAUCUUUAAAUGCCCCAAACUAUCCAAGUGGCCUUUCCUCUGCCAGGGAGAAUGCUGUUCUGCAGAGUUCAGGGUCAUCAUUUGCCCCGCGGGAAGCAGAUGGUGUUUCAGAGAGUGAAAAGCAAGAUCCACUCGAUGGUCCACAUGAUCCAAAAAUUUCAUCCGAGAAAAAGGAGAGUUCAAAUUCCAAGUGUUCUGCAUCAGAGACUGAUACAAAACGUGCUAAACAGCAAUUUGCUCAGCGCUCCAGGGUCCGAAAACUUCAGUACAUAGCUGAGCUGGAAAGAAAUGUACAAGCUUUGCAGGCAAAAGGAUCUGAAGUUUCAGCCGAGCUCGAAUUUGUCAAUCAGCAAAAUCUCAUUCUAAGCAUGGAGAACAAAGCUCUUAAGCAACGGUUAGAAAAUUUGGCCCAGGAGCAGCUUAUCAAAUACUUGGAGCAUGAAGUUCUGGAGAGGGAGAUUGGAAGGCUACGAGCUUUGUAUCAGCAGCAGCAGCAGCAACCUGCUUCAAGCCAUCGCCGUAGUAACAGCAGGGACCUUGAUUCCCAAUUUGCAAACCUCUCUCUGAAACAUAAGGAUGCCAAUUCUGGCCGAGACCCUACUGCUCUAAUGGUUGCUAAAAAUAGAGAUGACCCAGGAAAAGAGAACAGUAAGAUCCCAGAAAAGUCUAAUCAAUCACGGUGGUCGGAAGAUCAUUUACCUCCACAGAAGGCCACACCUGACGCAGCAUGA